CUCAGUAAAAAUAUGUGUGUGGCAAAGUAGAUAAUCUCCCUCCCCUGGUACUUAGAAACGGCCUAUCAGGGCUCAGUCAUUGCUUUAUAAAGGCUGUGAUUAGGCUACCUGGGAUGCGUCAUUGUUGGCCCCGCCCAUCCGGUACGUGUGCGCUUCCGCCUAACAAAGCUGGAGUCGCCUUUUUGCAGCUUGAAUAGCCAAUUAUUCCUGGCUUCGCUGUGGUUUUUAGGCUGUUUUUGCCACCUGGUUAGACUGAUUUCAUUCAAGUAAUCUUCUGAGACUUGUGCUUGUGAGCAACUGUAUGAGGUGUGUGUAACGCUGUAGUCAAUACCUGGUAUGUAUAGAUACACAUGUAUAUGCAUUACUUUUUAAUGAACACUUGUGUUUUAAAUUUAACUAAUGGGUUGUUUUUAGUAGGACAAAGUUUUGGGAACAUCCGCCUGUUUGCGGGUGGGGAAGAUCGCCUCCUGCAUAAUAGCAGAUUAAAGACGGCGUUGCUGUUUUGCUGUUUAAUUAAGUAUUGUUUGUUUUUCGUUAUAAUUGAUCUUUGUUUGAUUUUGUAGUGAUUGUUAAAACUUUUGCUUUAUAUAUUUCUUUCCUUUUCAUUUUAGUUUUCAUUAAGUGACCAUUGUUCCUUUUUUUACAUUUUGUUGUGUGUUUUGGUAAUUGUUUGUCAAUCAGGCUUUAGAUUAAUUUCGUUUUGUACAUUUUAGUAAUUUGUUUUCUUUGUGUUUUAGGCCCCUGAGUCGGGUGGCUAGCUGUCCUAGUAUCCUGGUGGUGGUGGUGUUUGGAGCACGGAGUGUGGAUUGUCGUUUGUAGUCACUCACCUCACUGUGUGUGUGUGUGUGUGUGUGUGUGUGCUUUACGAAUAGCCACUUUUGCAGCUAGCCUACCCUGCUAGGGGUAAGCCUUCGUAAAACUGAUUAAUGUAUGCCUGGUCGAAUUAUAUCUUUGCCUGAUCUUUUAAAAGGUGUAUUUUCUAUUUUGUGAAUUUAAUAAAUAGUUUAUACGCUAGUGCCUCUGUCUCUGCCUCCUAUGGUAACGAACCUGUGUGUCUAAAUUCCAUCAAGUAUUUAGUUCCCCUCACUUCAGAGGGGUGGCGUAGUCGGUAGUUAUAUCAUAAUUAAUUAACUUCAAGUUGCCACGCCACAUUCUGGCGUAGUCGGCAGGAUACCGUGUUUGGCGGAGACACUGGUAUUAGUGGUUGUAUUUUUGUUUUUUUUCUUUUAUUUUUCUGUUGCAGUGAGAUUGAUAAGGAGUAGCAGCAAAACAGCAGCGCACGUCUGGUGGAUUCUGAUUCUUUGUGAGUCUACUCCCUCUUGUUGGUAAGUGUUACGGCCGUCAAAAUUAUGGAAGAAGAGUUACAGGAACUGAGGGAAGUAGUAGCUCAGUUGCGGGCAGAAAAUGAGAGGUUGCGUCAAGACCACUUUCUUGCGCUUCCUGGCCCUAGUGAUGCACCUUCUAUUGUUCCUGGUCCUUCUGUUGCUGCCCCCCCUCAGCCAAGUAGUGCACAGGCAGUCCUGCCAGAACGAUUCGUUUUUGUACCUCGAGACAGGAAAUGUCAAAAAUUCAAUGGCAGGGUUGGUCUGAGCAUUGAUGAGUGGGUUGAAGAGGCCAAAGCUUGUAUGCAGGCUCGUUACCUGUCUGUUUCUGAUCAAGCUUUCUUCUUGUUUGACCACUUGGAGGGGGAGGCAAGGGAAGAGAUUAGGUACCGUUCGGAGAUUGAGCGAAAUGAUCCAGAUAAAAUUAUUUUGGUGUUACGGGAAUUAUACGGUUGCUCACAGUCAUAUGUCUCAUUACAGGAGGCAUUUUUUUCUAGAAAGCAGCAGGAGGGUGAAUCAUUGUUGGAGUUUUCCCUAGCUUUGAUGGGUCUCCUAGAACGUGUGACGCAGCGAUCGCCGUAUGUUAUGCCAAAUUCACAAGUUUUGCUACGCGAUCAGUUCAUUGAACAUGUUUGUGACGUGGCCCUUCGCCGAGAAUUAAAACAGUUAAUACGUCGUCAGCCAAUGUUAACAUUGUUGGAAGUUCGAAGCGAAGCUCUAAGAUGGGAAAGGGAGGGGAUGUCGGGGAGUACGAGAGGACGAAGCAAUUCCGUUCCAUCCGCCUAUGGGAUUCAGUAUGGUGUACAAGGUGAGUCACGUAGUCAGCCUCCUCACCGCGGCCCCAUUAUAUGUAGGAGGUGCCAACGACUUGGCCACUUUGCUGGAGAGUGCGAUGGGGAGCGUGUUCCCCCUCGUCCGCAACCCCCUUUGCCCGCUGCGUCGUCAUCUGAGGGUAGACAGCCUGGUCCAUUUGCGUUGUCGGGAAAUUAGUCCCCACCGUGUCGCCGAGCCAAGGCGCGGUUGGGGAAUUGACCGGCUCUAGUGUUUCAAGUAUGUCUCAUUUAAUGUCUUCAUGCCCGCACCUUGUUAUUCGAAUGGGUGGGGUCCAAAUUUCAUGUUUGGUCGAUACUGGCUCCAUGGUGUCCACAAUAACGGAAAGUUGGUUUCGUAAAUAUUUUGAACCAUGGGGUCCGGAUCGACUUAAGUCAUGCCAGUAGCCGUCAUGGCAGAGCACUUGUAACAAGUGUCUCGUGUUUCUCGUCGAGUAGCCGUCAUGGCAGAGCACUUGUAGCAAGUGUCUCUAGUGUUUCUCGUCGAGUAGCCGUCAUGGCAGAGCACUUGUAACAAGUGUCUCGUGUUUCUCGUCGAGUAGCCGUCAUGGCAGAGCACUUGUAACAAGUGUCUCUAGUGUUUCUCGUCGAGUAGCCGUCAUGGCAGAGCACUUGUAACAAGUGUCUCUAGUGUUUCUCGUCGAGUAGCCGUCAUGGCAGAGCACUUGUAGCAAGUGUCUCUAGUGUUUCUCGUCGAGUAGCCGUCAUGGCAGAGCACUUGUAACAAGUGUCUCGUGUUUCUCGUCGAGUAGCCGUCAUGGCAGAGCACUUGUAACAAGUGUCUCGUGUUUCUCGUCGAGUAGCCGUCAUGGCAGAGCACUUGUAACAAGUGUCUCGUGUUUCUCGUUGAGUAGCCGUCAAGGCCAGAGGACUUGUGCUAAGUAUCUCGUGUUUCUCAUGGAGUAGUAUGGUCAGUGGUUAGAGUUGUGUUAUCGUCGGGGCGACGAUAAAAUAGCUGGGGCAGAUUGUGGCAAAGUAGAUAAUCUCCCUCCCCUGGUACUUAGAAACGGCCUAUCAGGGCUCAGUCAUUGCUUUAUAAAGGCUGUGAUUAGGCUACCUGGGAUGCGUCAUUGUUGGCCCCGCCCAUCCGGUACGUGUGCGCUUCCGCCUAACAAAGGUAUGUUUGUAGCUGGUCUGGCUAAUGCUGCAAUGAGCUCUUGGACCUCGGCUAACUAUAUUAAUUUAUUGUAGCUGGAGUCGCCUUUUUGCAGCUUGAAUAGCCAAUUAUUCCUGGCUUCGCUGUGGUUUUUAGGCUGUUUUUGCCACCUGGUUAGACUGAUUUCAUUCAAGUAAUCUUCUGAGACUUGUGCUUGUGAGCAACUGUAUGAGGUGUGUGUAACGCUGUAGUCAAUACCUGGUAUGUAUAGAUACACAUGUAUAUGCAUUACUUUUUAAUGAACACUUGUGUUUUAAAUUUAACUAAUGGGUUGUUUUUAGUAGGACAAAGUUUUGGGAACAUCCGCCUGUUUGCGGGUGGGGAAGAUCGCCUCCUGCAUAAUAGCAGAUUAAAGACGGCGUUGCUGUUUUGCUGUUUAAUUAAGUAUUGUUUGUUUUUCGUUAUAAUUGAUCUUUGUUUGAUUUUGUAGUGAUUGUUAAAACUUUUGCUUUAUAUAUUUCUUUCCUUUUCAUUUUAGUUUUCAUUAAGUGACCAUUGUUCCUUUUUUUACAUUUUGUUGUGUGUUUUGGUAAUUGUUUGUCAAUCAGGCUUUAGAUUAAUUUCGUUUUGUACAUUUUAGUAAUUUGUUUUCUUUGUGUUUUAGGCCCCUGAGUCGGGUGGCUAGCUGUCCUAGUAUCCUGGUGGUGGUGGUGUUUGGAGCACGGAGUGUGGAUUGUCGUUUGUAGUCACUCACCUCACUGUGUGUGUGUGUGUGUGUGUGUGUGUGUGUGCUUUACGAAUAGCCACUUUUGCAGCUAGCCUACCCUGCUAGGGGUAAGCCUUCGUAAAACUGAUUAAUGUAUGCCUGGUCGAAUUAUAUCUUUGCCUGAUCUUUUAAAAGGUGUAUUUUCUAUUUUGUGAAUUUAAUAAAUAGUUUAUACGCUA